CACACACGGCAGCCAGCCAGUCGCUUAAACACACACACACACACACUUACACACACACACACACCGAACAAACAAUCGGCCGGCGGUCUGUCCGUCAGUCAGUCACACCCCCAGCUGUCCCGCCCACACCACCAGCAGGCCCCCCUGAUGCAGCCGAUGCAGCAACAAUUUUCCUCUCCUCCCCGCCCCCAGUGUCGUCCCCUCCCCUCUCCUCGGUGCCUCUGUCGGCAACACCGCCACCAUCACUCAACUUGCCCUCCACCGCCACCUCCCCCCCGCCAGGCGGCCCGUCCUCUCUGUCGUCGGGAGAGUAGGCCAUCGGCCGCGCACCGCCGCUGCCCCUACCGCUGGCGGCCUCGUGGCCCGGCCCGGCCUCGCCAAUUCCGUUAAGCUGCGGCUCCCCGCCGCCGUUGGCCUGUGGUGUGUCGGUCAGGUGCUGCUGGUGCGGCGGCGGUGUGCAGGGGUCUCGUGAGUCGAUUGCAGCCUGGUUGACAGACAGACACGGACAAGAGAGGCGACAUGGAUGGAUGGAUGGAUGGCUGUGGCGGUCAGUCGGGGCUGACCAUGGGUUGUGGCAGGGGUUGUUGGUGUUGGGGGAGGGGUGAGGAUUCGCUCAUGGGAGCAAAGGCAGACGAGGACGGGGGUUGGGGAGGCAGUGGGCGCACACGCUCACGCUCCUGCACAUACACACCAAACAAACAAACGAACCGAACCAAACCAACCAACAUACGUACGUUGACGCACUCACAGACGGGCCGGGCCGGGCCGUCUUGUGUGUGUCUGUGUGUCGUGUGCCCACCCCUUCGUCAUCAGGGUUGAAUCCUGGCGACUGGUCAGGCGCCUUGCGCUUGCGACCGGCACGACUAACCUCAUCAUACUGACACACACACACACACACACACAACAUGUAUAUGCCCAAUUCCCAGCACAUUGGAGGAGUGCGUGGGAGUCGUGUGUGCGUGUGGGUGAAGCUCCCCCACCCACCCAGCCCACCUCGUCUCUGGCGGCUCCUCCAGGUUCGUUCUUUCUGGGCACCGCCACGGACACGCCAUCGGGCACGGCAGUCGGGAUGAUGCUGAUCACCUUCAACAUCUGAUUGAGGUUUAUCAUAGAUAGCAAUCCACCAACCGAUGGGCGAUAUAGAAUGAGCGGCACAACGUAACGUACCCGCUCGAAAGCGUAUGUGAGCUUCUUGGUGGACGUGUAGCUCUUGCGCGGGUCGGACAGCAGCUCACACAAACGCUGAAUCGUGAACGGCGGCCUGCAUCACAGAGGAAACAUCACCCACCCAGUUCACUAGUCGCUGACUGAACCGAUAUAUAUCCUCCCUCACUCACCCCGUGAAGUCCUGCAGCGCCUUGACGAUAGCGUCUACGUGGCUGGUGAACGACUCGCCCUGGUGCAGCUUGACGUCAGGCUUCUUGGUGUGAUACUCCAUCAACACCUGCAGCCACACACACAGACGCGCAGCAGCAGCAGCAGCAGCAGCAGCAGCAGCGAUGAACGAACGAACCCACCGUCACCCAAAUGCAUCACGAACGGCACUGGGUGGGUCGAGUUGGGGCGGAUGGGUUGUCAAGCUGACCUGCCGGAUCUUGGCGGCGAGCACAUGCUUCAACAACUCCCACGGGUACCUGAUUGAUAUAUACGAUGAUUGACACACAGCAUUCAGUAGGACGUGCUGUGCUUCCCUCCCCCCCUCCCUCCCUCCCUCUCUCCCUCAUUGGCUGGCUGGCUUGCUAGUUGGCUGACUGAAUGCCCUCUCAGCUCGCGUGUGAGAUGAGUGUGGACGCAGCCACCCAUGGACGCACCUGAUGACCCCGUUGUUAGCGAUUUGCCUGAUGACCGCCUCCAGGUCCUCAGGAAUGCCCUCACCGUCACCCUCGCCGGCCUCACGCCGCCUCACAAACUCUGAAACCACGCCAGCACCCGCCAUGAGACACUGGCAGCUGUCAUGCAUGGAUCGAACGUCGCUCGCGACCCACCUUCGAUGUCGCGCAAUGUCUGGCUAUACAGCUGGUCCACGGGAGCCUGCAUGGUCGCCCUCAGCGGCGCUGCAGACUCCGCUGGUCAGCCACACGCGCAACUCUAGUGCCAGGGCGACUUAUCGCCUCCUGAGCCUCCGCCACUCAUCGCAAUGCCGCAAACUCCUCAUGAAUGCCG